ACAGUGACGAGUGAGUCUGCAGCAGCUGCUGGGGAGGGGGAGGAAAGAUUGGAGUCUCCUGUCUCCGUUUAUCCUCCAGGGCUGCACCAGACCAGUCUCUCCCUGCCAGGGUCUCUGCCACAUCACAGCCCCUGCCAUCCACCUCCAAAAAGUGUCCAGCUAACGUCCAGAUUUGACCAGAAACAUCAUGGCAUCACAGGGAGGUCGCUAUAGAGGAUCUGUGAAGGAUUAUCCGGAAUUUGAUGCAAGCCAAGAUGCCGAAACACUCUAUAAAGCCAUGAAGGGAUUUGGCAGUGAUAAAGAGGCCAUCUUGGAUCUUAUUACCCGCAGGAGCAACCAACAGCGUAGUCAGAUCAUUCAGGCCUACAAAUCUCUCUACGGAAAGGAUCUUAUUGAAGACCUGAAAUAUGAACUCACAGGAAAAUUUGAGAGACUUAUUGUAGGACUGAUGCGGCCCCCGGCUUAUUUUGACGCUAAAGAAAUAAAAGACGCUGUGGAUGGCAUUGGCACUGAUGAGAAAUGUCUGGUUGAGAUCCUGGCCUCUCGCAAUAAUCAGCAGAUUCAUGAACUGGUGCAGGCCUACAAAGACGCGUAUGGCAGAGACCUGGAGACAGACGUCAUCAAAGACACCAGUGGUCACUUUAAAAAGAUGUUAAUUGUUCUGCUGCAGGGCACACGGGAAGAAGAUGACGUAGUGAGCGAUGAGCUGGUGGAACAGGAUGCCAGGGAUUUAUAUGAAGCUGGUGAACAAAAAUGGGGCACAGAUGAGGCUCAGUUUAUCUAUGUUUUGGGAAGCCGGAGCAUGUCACACCUUCAGCUAGUCUUCGACGAGUAUGAGAAAAUUGCCGGGAAGAAACUGGAGGAGAGUAUAAAGGGGGAGCUCUCAGGGGACUUUGAGAAGCUGAUGCUGUCUGUAGUGAAAUGCAUUCGCAGCAUCAAGGACUACUUUGCUUCCAGACUGUACAAAUCAAUGAAAGGCUUAGGAACCUCAGAUAACACCCUGAUCCGGAUUAUGGUAUCCCGCAGUGAGAUCGACAUGAUGGACAUUAGAGAGUCCUUUAGAACCCACUAUGAGAAGUCUCUGUACUCCAUGAUAAAGAAUGACACAUCCGGGGAAUAUAAGAAGGCUCUACUGAACCUGUGUGGGGGAGACGACGACGCCGCUGGGGAGUAUUUCCCAGAAGCCGCCCAAGUCGCCUAUCAGAAAUGGGAACUCAGUGCGACCACUGCUUCACGCGUUGAGUUGAAAGGAACCAUACAACCUGCGGCUGACUUCAAUGCGGACAGUGAUGGAAAGGCCUUGAGGAAAGCCAUGAAAGGAUUUGGUACUGAUGAAUCUGCCAUCGUUGACAUACUGACCAAACGCACAAAUUCCCAGAGGCAGGAGAUACUUAAAGCUUUUAAGUCGCACUUUGGUCGCGACUUGAUGGCAGAUUUGAAGUCUGAGAUCUCUGGAUCGCUGGCCAAACUGAUUCUUGGACUUAUGUUGACACCUGCUCAGUAUGAUGCCAAGCAAUUAAAUAAAGCCAUUGCGGGGGCUGGCACAGAUGAAAAAGUCUUAAUUGAAAUCUUGGCCACACGAAAUAACCAGGAGAUCCAGGCCAUUAAUGAAGCUUAUCAAGAAGCGUACCACAAGUCACUGGAAGAUGCCAUAAGCUCCGACACGUCCGGACAUUUCAAGAGGAUUCUCGUCUCCUUGGCAUCGGCUAACCGUGAUGAGGCGGGGGAAGAUUUUGAGAAAGCCAGUGAGGAUGCCAAGAUUAUUGCCUCAGUACUGGAAGUCUCCGAUUCGGGAUCCGGUGAUUCCACUUCCUUAGAAACGCGUUUUAUGACAAUCCUGUGCACUCGCAGCUACCCGCAUCUCAGGAGAGUGUUCCAGGAGUUUAUUAAGCAGACGAACCACGAUGUUGAACACACCAUUAAGAAAGAGAUGUCGGGGGAUGUCAGGAAUGCCUUUGUGGCUAUCGUGCGCAGUGUGAAGAAUAAGCCGGCCUUCUUCGCCGAUUGCCUCUACAAAGCUAUGAAGGGAGCUGGGACCGAUGACCGGACGCUGAUCAGGAUCCUAAUAUCCAGAAGUGAAAUUGAUCUGUUCAACAUUCGCCAAGAGUUUAAGGAUGCGUGCGAAAAGUCUCUGCACCACUGUAUUGAGAAUGAGACAUCAGGGGACUAUCGCAAAGCCCUGCUGGCCAUCUGCGGAGGUGAUGACUAAAGCAAAGCCCCUAACCGUGUCUGAACCAAUCUGGGGCUCCUGGGGGCCCAUUCACCAAAUGUCAUUGUGGUAGAUAGUAUCAUGAAUCUACAGAGAACCCGUGAAAGAGAACUUCACCAAGCAUACAGAAAGCGCACCAAAGAAAUACAUAGAGGGGGUCGGGAUAUGGGAGGGUCAGGGGUGGUAGAGGUGGGAUCACUGGAUUUCCGGAAGGGCUUCAUACCGCCUUUCCAAGGUUGUGUAUGUGACACACCGUUGUGUCACAUCAAAGCCAGUGUCUAGAUCUUUUACAACAUAAGGAGGAUGUAGUCAAGAUGAAAUAAAGUGUCUUAAUGGAUUGUU